AAAAAACACUAGACAAUUAUCUUCUCUCUUCAAAACGACAGGCAAAACAAUGUGAGCUAAAGGGCAAACCCCAAAGCCUCCUCUUCUUUGUAAUUUCCAUACAUAAAUCACCUCUCAACAUCCACUGAUCAGAAUUUUGUUACAAAAACCCUUAACACAGCUUUUCUCUCUCUCUUUCAUCACCUUCUUUUCUGACCUUAACUUUGAGUCGGUUUCACUCUUCACAUACAUCUAAAUCUGAUCUUUAUCUAUAUCCAUUUUUUCACAUACAAAUAUUGGAUUUUUGCACAUACUCUUUUAAUUUAUUGUAAUUAUAGAAUUCUGGGUUUAUAUUUUCUUCAGUAAAGUUUUGAGGUGCAUUUUCAAUGGCUGCUGAUGCACAAGCAGUGAUUGAGGCUCCUGCGCUUCAUCAAUCAAAAUAUUCUGAUGCUGGUUCUGAAGAAUCUGACUUUAAUUCCAACCAAAAUGUGAAUAAUUCUGAAUCUGUUGUUACGCCUAAUGGUGUGAAGGACUCAUUAAAUGCUAAAUCCGAUUCUUAUCAAAUGCAACAUAUUGUUGACAUGUUGAAGAAACUCAAGUUGAAUCCACUCGCAAAAGAGUUUGUUCCUUCUUAUUGUUAUAAUAAUCGUGAUCAGAUGCUUUUUGUGCCUGCUAAUAAGACUCUGGCUGCUGAUGAUGCUUUCCCAAUUAACCCAAGGCAGAGAGGUAACAACUAUAACCAGGGCAGAAGGAGAAUGAACAAUAGAGCUUUUAGGGCUCAAAGAGAAGAUAGCAUUAGGAGAACAGUCUAUGUUUCUGACAUCGAUCACAAUGUAACAGAAGAGCGGCUUGCUGCAUUAUUUAGCGCUUAUGGACAAGUAAGUGACUAUGCUCUUCUAGACAUUGAUGUGGUUCUUUAUGUUAGAUAUUUGCUGCUUUAAGUGCAAGGUGGAUGC